AUGGACCCACUUAAUCUUAUAAAAGAGAUAAAGACGCUCCAUUCGCUGGUGAAGGCAACGCGCACCCACAUCAUCCUCAAACUUACACGCGAUAGCAAAUUUUGGGCUGCCAAAGCGGACUCGAAUAGUUCUAAUCAGCGUGCCAGGAGAAGAGCAGAAUCGUUCAAAGCCAUCCUUGCCCAUCUAAAAGCGAUUCCCGCUUCGGUACUGGUGGAAGAAGUGUUACAAUAUAAACCGCUAAAGGAUGAGGCAUCAUUGCAAGCAGCUCCAGUGGCUCAUCGCAGCAUAGCACGUAUUUUAGAAGAGAAAAAACUAAAUCAGCAUCUGAAAUCGCUCGAAAGUCAAUAUGGUUCCGGUUCUAGCUCAAAGCUUCUCGAUGCGCUUAAAAAGAAGAGGAAAAUCAAAUCAUCGGUAACAAAGAAACUGAAAAAGGAACGUAUAGCUAAAGCGGUGGAGAGAAAGAACAAAAAACAGCAGAAGAAAUUGAGUGAGAAAGGUCAACCCAAGCAAAAGGCAAGUGUGUUGCCAAAAUGGGAAAAUGAUGAACCGGAUUCUGACGAAGAAACAGAUGAUGAGGAGGAAAAGCAAGCAACGUCAGUAUGCGAUUCGUAUGGUUCGGAUGACGAUAGUGAAGAAUUUAACAUGGAACAGGACUUAACGGAUGAAUCCGACGAUGGAGAGGAACCAAACCAGCAAAGUGAGCAGAGUCCAUCGAUUCAUGAGGAUGUGAGUUGUUACUCAAGUGAAGAAAAAGAUGGAAUCGAUCAAUCUGUGGAAGAACCGGUAAAGAAUAAACUUUCACCGUCGAAUGAAGGGUCUGUGAAAAAAUUUGACUUGUCAGUUGAACGGAACAUAAAAAGCCCUCCUAAGAAGAAGGCGGUAAUCUAUAAAGCUCCCGAGGAAGAAGACGAUGAAGAUGGGUAUGAGUUGAUAACGGAUAGUUUUUUCGUUACGGACACGGGUGCCCGGUACGUGGCGGUCGCUCCAAAAUUAAAGCCACGAACCGAUGAUGAUGGGGAAGAAGAUGAACCAGAGGAAAGCUGGAAGUUAGUGAAUAGGAGAAGACGACGAGAGCAACAGUGGGAAGGAGCUGAUACACGUGAAGAAUUUGAAACAUCUUCGAAGCAUGCGAAGCAAAGAAAAGCGAAUGGAAAAUCCAUUACCUUCAAUGAACAAGAUCAAGAUCUUCAUCCAUCGUGGGUAGCAAAGCAAGCGCAAAAAGGCAUCAAACCUUUCACGGGGAAGAAGGUCGUGUUUGAUAAUGAAGAUCAUAGUAGAAAUCCUUCGACAUUUAAUCAAAAGGCAAUAGUCAGUCUCAAUCACGAGAGCGAUCUUCACCCGUCUUGGGCUGCAAAACAAGCUCAGAAAGGAAUUAAACCUUUCGCUGGGAAGAAGGUUGUAUUUGACCCUGAGGAUGAAGGGCCUUCGUCGUUUAAUCUAAGGCCAACUGACAGCCAUAAUCAGGAGAGCGAUCUUCAUCCAUCAUGGGCUGCAAAACAAGCUCAAAAAGGCAUCAAACCUUUCGCUGGGAAGAAGGUUGUGUUCGACGCUCAGGAUAAUGAUUCUUCAACGUUUCCUGCGAGACCAACAGGGAACACUAACAAGGAAAGCGAUCUUCAUCCAUCGUGGGCUGCAAAACAAGCCCAGAAAGGAAUCAAACCUUUCGCUGGGAAGAAGAUUGUAUUUGACGCUGAUGAUGAAGGUCUUUCGUCGCCAACAAGGACCGCCAACAGAGAAAACGAUCUUCAACCGUCGUGGGCUGCAAAACAAGCUCAGAAAGGAAUCAAGCAGUUCGCUGGAAAGAAGGCCACGUUUGGCAAUGAGAACGAUACUAAAAGUCCUUCGUCGUUUAAUCUUAGACCAACAAGCAGCCUUAAUAAGGAGAGAGAUCUUCACCCGUCUUGGGCAGCUAAACAAGCUCAGAAAGGUAUUAAACCUUUUGCUGGGAAGAAGGUUGUAUUUGACGCUCCUCCUAAUGGUUCUUCAUCGAUUAAUCUGAGGCCCACGGGAAGUCUUGAUAAGGAAAGCGAUCUUCAUCCAUCAUGGGCUGCAAAACAAGCUCAAAAAGGUAUCAAACCUUUCGCUGGGAAGAAGGUUGUGUUCGAUGCUCAGGAUGAUGAUUCUUCAACGUUUAAUGUAAGGCCAACAGGUAACAGUAACAAUGAAAGCGAACUUCAUCCAUCAUGGGCAGCUAAACAAGUUCAGAAAGAAAUCAAGCAGUUCGCUGGGAAGACGGUCGUAUUUGACAAUGAAGAUCACUUUGAUCGUCCUUCGUCAUUUACCCAAAAAACCAACGAAAAAUCAAAAAUCGAUCUUCAUCCAUCAUGGGCUGCAAAGCAGGCUCAGAAAGGCAUUAAACCUUUCGUUGGGAAAAAGAUCGUUUUCAACGGUGAAAAUACUAACGGUUUUGGCAAAAAAGAUUAUCUUAAGAACACCAAUCUACCAAGCGAUUUUCAUCCAUCAUGGGCUGCAAAGCAAGCGCAAAAAGGCAUCAAACCAUUUGCUGGUAAAAAAAUUAAUUUCACCAAUGAAGAUGCCACACAGAUUAAUACAACUGAAUUCCGUGAACCAGACAGAACGUCCGCAACAAACCCCGGUGGGGUUAAAAAAUUACAACCAAGUCAAGCGUCCGACCUGCAUCCAUCCUGGGCAGCGAAACAGGCCCAAAGUGGAAUUAAACCGUUCGCAGGUAAGAAAGUUAGUUUCGAUGACUAA